AUGACGGGAUGGAAUGACAGCUCUGUGGUUGAAUUCAUCCUCUUGGGCUUUUCUUACCUCCCUGAGUUCCAAGUACACAUGUUUGGAGCUUUCUUGGUUAUUUAUCUGGUGACUAUGACAGGAAAUGCCACCAUUGUCACCGUCAUCUUUCUGGACCACAGUCUGCACAUCCCCAUGUAUCUGUUCCUGCAGAACUUGUCUGUUGUGGAAGCAAGCUUCAGCUCAGCUAUCAUGCCUGAAAUGUUGGUAGUUCUCACCACUGAGAAAGCCACCAUUUCCUUUUGGGGCUGUUUUGUUCAGAUGUAUUUCAUUCUUCUCUUUGGUGGGACAGAGUGUUUUCUCCUGGGCACAAUGGCUUAUGAUCGAUUUGCUGCAAUCUGCCACCCUCUGUCCUACCCAGUGAUUAUGAGCAAAAGGAUGUUUGUCAAAUUGGUGAUUUCCUCAUGGGUCUUGGGCAUCAUGGUUGCUACUUUGCAGGCUACAUGGGUAUUUAGCUUCCCCUUUUGUGGUCCUAGUAAAAUUAACCAUAUAUCAUGUGAAACCCCAGCAGUGCUGGAGCUUGCCUGUGCAGACACCUUCGUGUUCGAAGUCUAUGCUUUCACAGGCACCAUUUUGAUUGUCGUGGUUCCCUUUCUGUUGAUACUUUUGUCUUAUACUCGAAUUCUCUUUGCCAUCCUGAGAAUGCCAUCCACUACAGGGAGGCAGAAGGCCUUUUCCACAUGUACCUCUCAUCUCACCUCUGUCACCCUCUUCUAUGGUACAGCAUGUAUGACUUAUCUACAGCCCAAAUCCAAGUACUCCCCAGACACCAAGAAACUAAUGUCAUUGGCUUACUCUCUGCUCACUCCUCUGUUGAAUCCACUUAUCUACAGCCUGAGAAACAAGGAGAUGAAAAGGGCCUUGGUAAAAUUAUGGCAAAGAAAAAUGGAUUUCUGA